AUGGUAAACUUUGGGGCCUCCCGAGCAUGCCAAACGUGUAAGCAGAGGCGGAAGAAGUGCGAUGAAAGCCGCCCAAACUGCCAGCGAUGCAUUAAAGCUGGCCGCGUCUGCCUGGGCUACCAGGAGAAUUCUAGCGUUUUAUUUCGCCAUUACGGCCCUCCAACGCUAAAUGAACCACCAUCUGCUGUAAUGCAGACGCCGACUUCACCGUCUGGAGUAGUGAUUCCUGAGCCUGACGACGAGCAACUAGAAAGAGACGCGCUGGCGAUCUUCUUUGACGAUUACUGUGUUGAAUCGGCGGAUAGAACCAUCUCACGUGGGUUCCUUGACGGCCUCAAGCCCUUGAUUGACCAUGCAGGGGAGUCUUCGGAUAUCGCCCAAGCAGCUAAGAUUGUCGCUCUUGCAACGACUGGAAAUAGGCUACGCAGGCUGAAUAUUCUGUGCAAGACUAAGCAGCAAUACGGAGGCCUGCUUCACUCGUUUCGUUCGACGCUUAUGCGUGCCACGGAGUCUGACAUGGUAGAGACCUUGAUGAUUGCAGUACUAUUAGGUCUCUAUGAGAUCGUGAGCAGCACCGAAUCAGACCCCGGCCAGCGCAAUGCUCACGUCUCAGGUGUUGGCGCCAUUCUCUCCAACAAAGACUCACCAUUCGACCUCACCACGGGCACUCGUUUGUUUCAGCUCGGCAAUGCCUUUCUGCUUCCGGAAUCUCUACCACAACCCGAAAAUGUCGGCCUGCUCUGUGCACCGAGUCGCAACGGCUCAGUCUUGGCUCUAGACGGCAUUCUCAUCAAUGUCAACCCUAUUUUCAAUCUAGCUAACGAUUUGUUCGUUGCCCCAUCUUGUCAACUAGAAGAUGUGCGGACGCUGCGACAGGAGGCAAUAGCUCUGGAGCGACACAUAUCCACAUGGCCCACCAGAUUGACAGGAGAAUGGGCACCUCACGUAGUCGGAAACGUUAGCGAGGCUCAACUGAGAUCUUCCCACUCCCCAGGCUGGCCAGGAACGGUUGACAGCUACUUCGACCUAUAUGUUGCUGCAGUUUGGAACACAUAUCGAAAGACGCAUCUGAUGAUUUUGGACAUCAUCGUCAAGUGCUCGAACUACCUCGAGCCAAGCGACGUCUGCUUCGAACUACACCCCAAAGCUCGACAGCUUGCCAACGACAUUGCUGCCUCAAUUCCUUAUCACCUGACAAAUGACGCCGCUAAGUAUCUUCAACACGUCCAGCACGGCGUGGAAGCACAAUAUGACGGGCGGCCGGUGGGCGGCUUGCUGGUACUACAUCCACUUUGGGUCGUUGCCAAUGCUUCGGUCGUUUCCCAUGAGUUGAGCACCCAUAUGCGCAACGAACUUUCGUGGAUUGGGCACGUAAUGGGGAUUGGGCAGGCUAACCAGCUUGCUAGCUCACGUGCCCUGCUCUCGUCGCAGCAUAUCGCUCAAGGGCACGUUCUUAUUUGGGCGGGGAUGCUGACACAGCCAAUUUGAGAUCUGAGCGACCAUUGGGAGCGACCUUCAUGGUCAAUUACGUGCUCCUGGAAUACCCAGCCCGAGACGCAUGGGGAUAUAUCGGCGGACGUGGGUGGUGUUCUCUUCACAAGCGCGCGCAAAGCUAACCCGUUGAAGCAGACGAGCUUCUG